UUACCACAAGGUCCUCCUCUCUCUGCUGACGAAAGUGGGACAGACAUCCAAAGCAAGAGUCCAUGGGUGAUCCAGGCCUGGCCUCUGCUCAGGCAGAGCAUGGAUCACUUCUGCUCAGGCAGCUUGAGAGGAUGAGGGCAGCCGAGGAACUCACUGAUGUGGUCCUGCUGGCAGAGGGGAUUCCCUUUACUUGCCACAAGGUGGUGCUGUCUGCAUUCAGCCCUUACUUCCAGGCCAUGUUUACAUGUGGUCUGAAGGAGACCCGAGGAGGAGAGGUAUUUCUUAGAGACACUCCUGCCCAGAGCCUGGAGCUGCUACUGGACUACAUGUACCGAGCUGAACUCCGCCUUUCGGACGACAACAUCCAGGGAGUGGCUGCAGCUGCCUUCCUUCUCCAUGUGGAUGGAGCCUUCAGGUUGUGUCAGAACCACAUGGAGGCCUGCAUGGACCCUUCCAACUGUGUUGGCCUGUACCACUGGGCCAGAGACCUGGGGGCCGCCGGUCUGGCCAACUGCGCCUUAAGAUACCUCUGCCAACACUUUGCACAGGUUUGUGAAGAGGAAGAAGUGCUGGAGCUGGAUGCUCAAAGUCUUGGGGACCUGCUGGGCUCAGAUAACCUCAACAUAUCGCAGGAGGAGGUUGUGCUGGAGCUGGUGCUGCGUUGGGUGGAGAGGCGAAGAGGAGACUUGCAGAGUGAAGCCCAGGCUGUGGAGUUAAUCAGGCAUGUCCGGCUAGAACUUGUUGACCCUCGAUUCCUCCGUAAAACUAGGAGACGAAACCCGGAGUUGCUGAGGGAUGCUGAGUGCUUUGGGUUGAUUGACGCUGCUCUCCAGACCCCAGGUCUCUGUGAGGCGUCCGCUGCACCUCGGCCAGCCCUUCGUUACGGCAUGGAGACCACCGACCUGCUGCUCUGCUUGGGUGGGGUGGAUAAGGAGGGAGUGCCUGCCCGCCGUGGAGGACUUGCUGACCUCAGUUUUUGCUUUGACCCGCAUGGCAGAAAAACAUACUUUAUCCCCUCUCCACUGAGGGUCUGUGGGGGUAUGGGGCAGAUCACAGCUGGGGCAGUGACACGAGACAACAACAUAGUGGUAGCUAUAGAGGGAGAAGACCAACACAGAAGCAAGAGGGUAGAUAUCUACAGGUACGAUCAAUCAGAGAAGAACAGCUGGGUGAAGCUGUGCUCCACAGCACACAGGGACAUGUAUGCUUUAGGGCUUCUCGGUGAUGCCCUGUAUAUGAUGGGAGGUCAGAUGAAAGUUCAUAAUCACUACAUAAUCACAGACAAUGUUUCUAGAUGGUCGCUGAAGAGAGGAGGCAGCUGGAUCAGCUUUUCCCCUCUGCCUCUUCCCUUAGCCUGCCACUGCACCGUCAGCCUGAAGGAGCGUCUAUAUGUGCUGGGGGGCUGGACACCACAGCACCAGCCAGAUGAUGAGCCUGACAAGCUGAGUAACCGUGUCUUUCGGUUUGACCCCGGCAAAGACAGGUGGACUGAGUGUGCCAGGAUGAAGUACUCCAGGUACCGCUGCGGGACGGCUGUCCUCAACGGAGAAAUGUACAUACUAGGUGGUAUAGGAUGUGAUGGAGAAGACUGUGGACAGUUACGACACUGCCUUAGCUCUGUAGAGAUCUAUAACCCAGACACAGACACCUGGAGGGCAGGACCAACCCUGCCCACGUCUUUACUCAGCCUUCAAACUAACGCCUCCAAUGUAGGAGCAGUGCAUGGCAAGCUUUACCUCUGUGGAUACUACAAGGGUGCUGGCCGUCAUGAGAUCAUCACCAAGGAGAUUUUGAAAAUGGACCCUGCAGACAAUGUGUGGACUGUAGUGGAAAGACGAGCAGCCUUGCAUGACAGCUAUGACGUCUGUCUGGUCGCUAACCUCAAUCCUCGAGACCUCUUCACACCAUAAUUCAUCUCCUCCUGACUCUGAGCAACAAAGCUUGGAGCAAGGAUGUAUGUGAAAUGAGCUUCUGUCCUCUUAGCUUAAUUCAGCUGUAUUGAAACCUGGCUGGAAAUUCCUAAGUAGGCUAUCAACCGCAGAGUUAAUGUAAAAUCUGGAUGUUGUUCUAUAACUUCCCAACAGACAAUAGUGGUGGUGUUUUUUGUUGUAGCCCUAUAAUAACUUUUUGCAUGGUUGUUGUAUAAGGUUGUUUAUUGAGUAGUAAAAACGAUACCAGUUAAGCAGCUAUCUUUUCAGCUUUACACGUUAAAUGUGAUAUAGGGGCUAGUCAUAACGUUGAGUUGAGUUAAAUAAAACAAAUAAAUGAAAUC